AUGACAAAGAAAGGAGGAAAAACAGCAGCCAGUCUCAAAAAGUCAUCAUCAUCUGGAGGAGGAAAUUACGAAUACAAUCCAAAACGAAACAUCGUCGAUGUCAUUCCUGGUCUAACUCCGAUUGUGAACUUGCCUCCAUUACCUUCCGAUAGAAAGAAUGUCGAUCCAGUUCAAUAUCGAGGACCGAGUGACUAUAGUAAUUGGCUAAUCCCUAAUCAUGUAUGUGUUGGAGGUUUUCCACGAUCCAAAGAAGUAGAUCCAAUAGUUUCGAGCGGUAUUUCAACAUUUGUUAACCUUGUAGAACAGGAUGAAGAGUUACGUUGUGGUCCUUUUUACUUUGAUAAUGCAGCUCGUAAAACCACUUUACAAAAAUUAAAUUAUGUGACCUUCCCAAUUCGUGAUAAGAAUAUUGCAGAAGAUGACAAGGUGAAAGAACUUGUGCAAUUAUUGAGAACCUUAGUCAUGAGAGGAGAAAAAUUAUACAUUCAUUGUGUUGGUGGUCAUGGAAGAACUGGUACCAUUGCAAGUGUAUUAUUGGGAAAUCUGUACAACAUUUCAGCCUAUGACUCGUUACAAUGGGUCCAAGCGUUUCAUGAUGUCAGAACUGUUACGAAUGGAAGAAAGUCUCCAGAAUCGACCAUUCAACGAGACCAAGUGUUCAGGUUAUUGAGUGAUAAUAAAUAA